AUGUCCACGUGGAAAGCAAGACUCACCAGAAGACUGAAGCCUCCUUCUGGAAGGAUGCAUCCAUUUCCCUGCUCAGCUCUGCUGGAGUGCUUCGGGAACUCCAGAGACAAUGGCCACUUGGAUCAAUCCAGCACGGCUGAGACACCUCCUACCAUCUAUGACCAGCCCGUGGCCAAAGUGGGGAGACAGCCAACUCACCGGAGGGUGGAAGAAUCAGCUUCAGAGAAAAGACAAGGCUCUGGCACCCACCUAGAGCGAAAUGGCACCGCGAAGCAGAGCUCCAGUAACCACACUGAAAGCCAGCUUGCUGAGACCCCUGGAGAUGUGCCUGUGGCCCUGCAGGGUGAAGCCGACUGUGAGGACGUUACGGUUCAGAGUUCCAUCCCCAGACCCUCCAUUAUUGACAUGCCAAAGGAAGAAGAAUCCCAGGAAGAGCCUACGUGCCCUGUGGUGGAGCAGACAGCGACAUCAGAAGAGCCACUCGAGCAUACUGACCCUAAGGACUUGUAUCUCAUUUCAAAAAACAUCAUGGCAGAGCCAGACUACAUAGAAGAUGACAAUCCUGAACUAAUUAGGCCCCAGAAACUGAUCAAUCCUGUCAAAACUUCCCGCAAUCAUCAAGAUCUCCACAGAGAACUCCUGAUGAAUCAAAAAAGGGGUCUUGCUCCUCAGAAUAAGCCAGAGUUGCAGAAGGUGAUGGAAAAGAGAAAACGAGACCAAGUAAUAAAGCAGAAGGAAGAAGCAGCACAGAAGAAGAAAUCAGACUUGGAGCUAGAACUGUUAAAGAGGCAGCAGAAGUUGGAGCAGCUUGAACUUGAGAAGCAGAAAUUGCAAGAAGAACAAGAAAAUGCCCCAGAGUUUGUGAAGGUGAAAGGCAAUCUCAGGAGGACAGGCCAGGAGGUGGCCCAAGCCCAGGAGUCCUAGGCUGCUCAGAGACCUGCCGUGUCCCCAAGUCACCGCAAGAGCUAGGUCUUGUUGCCUCCUCGGCUCUCACUUCAGGGCCAGAGCCCCAUGAGAGAACCCAGCCAGCUGAGAAUCUCAACUGUCUAAAGGACUUGGUUGGAUCUUCCUACAAUCUGGUUGGAUAAAUUACAUAUGACAGGUGUAGAACCCAUUGGCCAAAUAAAGGACAUCAUUGACCAGCACAUUAGGUGGAAUAAUGGACCCAUGUUCAGAGACUUUACAAUGAAAUAAAAUAAAAAAGAAACAGAAAACAAGGAGGUGGACACUGGAAUAAAGUCUUGAGAGUUGCA